AUGUCAGCUUUACAUCUCACUCCCACGAAUAGCAUUCACAAUUCCACCAAUUAUCAUUACUUUACCACUCCACAAUCAGCAUUCAUGACUCACCAACCCAUUUCCUCAUCUUCACACAAUUUGAAUUCUCCUUCUCAUGACCACCACCACCAUAACCAUCCUCAUGAUUCAAAAACGAAAAGCUCAUUUGAAACCAACACCACCACCUCUUCUCCUGCCCUCUCAGAUGUAAGAACUCUGAAAGACAACAUUCAUACCUCAUCAAGUACUUCCUCGUCUCCACCAAUGAUGACAACAAUGACUCCAGUAGCUAUUCGAGUGUUCAAUACUACUAAUGAUCACGGUGAAGAAGACCACCACUCUUCUUCUUCAUCUGUGUCAUCGUCGUCGUUGUCUUUAUCGUCGGCGUCCGCUUCGUCUCCCAUGUCUCAUGCUGAUUCGCAAAUUUUGUGUGGCAAGUCAACAACUUCCAAACGCACAUCACCCAAGUCAAGAACAAGAACAUCUACGAGUAAAUCUAGUCCAAAACCAUCGAGUCAUUUGACUGUUAAUGACUCAUCCCCUCCUCCUACACGAAUUUCUAAAUAUGCAUGUCAAAAGUCAAAGAAAAAGUCAAAAAUCAACAUACCUGUGUUCGAAUUGAUUCGAGUGAUGGCGCUUCCUCAAACCUCUGCCGCUCAAGUCUUGGGUGUUUCUCUGAGUACUUUGAAAAGACGAUACUACGAAUUGGGAAUUGGAAGAUGGCCAGGUCAAAUUGCCAAUAACCCAAAAGAAAUCGAAAAGGCAACAGAAAGUUCUCCUGAAAAGAAGGUUCAAUUAUCGUUUUUAUUGAAUGGAGAAGAUGUUGAAGCUCGCCAAAUCGAUCAAAUCACGUGGUCGAUAUUGAAUUUUACUUUCAAACAGUCUUUCUAG